AUGCACGUGGUGGGCUGCAUCGUGGAGCACGCGGGCAAGCUGCUGCUCUGCCGCAGGGCAAUUGAGCCGUGUCGCGGCAAGUGGACUGUGCCGGCUGGGUUCCUGGAAGUCGGGGAGUCGACAAUGGCGGGGGCGGCCAGGGAGACGAUGGAGGAGGCCGGCGCCGCGGUCGAAAUCCUGGCGCCCUUCAUGCACCUGGACAUCCCCACCAUAGGGCAGUCCUACCUGCUCUUCCGCGCGCGCCUGGCGCCGCCUUUUGAAUUCAAAUCAGGGGGCACCUCGGAGUCGCUGGAAUCGGCCCUGGUGGCACCGGAGGACAUCCCCUGGGAUCAGAUUGCGUUCUCCAGCAUCCAGAUCGCCCUGCGCGCGUACUGCGAUGACCUGGCGUCGGGCCGCGCCUCGUACCGCCACGGCACCAUUCUCAAGACGCCGGGCUCCGCGCCCAACGACCCCGCGGCGUUCCGGCUGGUCGACUGCUACGCUUUCGAAAUCGCGCCGGUGGCCGUGACCAGCCCCUCCACGGCCCAGUGA